ACUUCUUCCAGCAUAUGUUUGAUAAACGACCGUUCUUAUCAAUGGUGUCUUGCGAAGCGAGCAAAUGAGCUAGUUCUGUUUGCGAAUUCGUAAGCGCAAGACGUGUUGAGCGAUGUGCAUUUUAAGUGUUUUGUUAAGUGUUUUCAAUGCAAUACUCUAGCAAACGUAGUGUUAGCUUAUACAUCUCAUCUCACGAUAUUAAUAUAAGUUUCUAGUUUCUCAAAGAAUGAUCUCGCUAAUGAUCUUAGCAAGUGUGUGGACAGUGAGCGGGUUUAAUUUAUCACCAGACGCUAACUAUGUAUUCCAUCAUCCAACACUCAAAACGUUUAUACGGCCGACGAGAAGCUCCUACUUUGGAUUCUCUGUCAACCUGCGUACUAGUGGCGUGCUAGUCGGAGCACCGCGAGCCCAGUCCGAUUUGGAGUAUCAGCGAAACGUCAACGAAACUGGUGCCAUUUACAAGUGCGACUUCCGGGAGACCCCCACGGCCUGCGUCCCGUACCGUCUCGAUCGGCAGGGCAACUCCAACUAUGAGGAUUACUACACCUACCAUCGCGAGAUUCGAUCGGAACUUAAAGAUCACCAAAUGCUCGGAGCAACGGUGGCCGGCCUCGGUGCCGAGAACGCAUGGUUUGUAGCCUGUGCUCCACAGCUGAAAGGCAACCUGGAGGCAGUGUAUCUCUUGCACGGCAUUUGCUACCUCACGGAGGAUGUGGCCGACAUCAAUGAGCCAAACAAUUUGUACAAAAUAAAACCACUGCGCUUGAAAGCACUACAGCAAAACAGUGACAAAACCUACAACUAUAUGUUCGGUGAGCAGGGCUUCAGUCUACACGUGACCGAUGACGGGGAUGAAGUACUCAUCGGAGCUCCCGGUGUAAUGUUUUGGCGAGGCACCGUUCUACGCUACCGUCAGCUUGCUAAAAUACCCAGCACUGACCUACAGAACGUUUACCGGGAUUACGUCUACAGACGAAAGCUUGCCCACGAAACCGUUGUACCGAAUCCGAAGUACACUAACAUAAUGCCAAAUUCUUACUUCGGAUAUGCGGUCAGCUCGGGACGCUUUCUGGGCACACAGAAGAUGCUGUACGUGGCAAGUGCACCGCAGGCACGGAAUCAAAACGGUGAGGUAAUUAUCUUUGACUAUGCAGACAAUCGCACCGUUCGCGAGACGGUGAUCGUUCGCUAUCGGACGUUCGUGGGGCAACAGUUUGGAGAGUACUUUGGGUAUGGCCUGCUGACGGAGGACUUUAACAGUGAUGGCUUGCCGGACCUUGCCAUCAGUGCUCCGAUGCACAGCCGUGCGAUGGAGCAUGAUAACGGAGCGGUGUAUGUAAUGCUCAACGAGGGCGAAUUGAACUUCGGUCUGCAGGUUAAGCUGAUGAGCUCGUACGAGCUGGGUGGAAGGUUUGGUACGAGUUUAGGCAAAAUUGGAGACAUCAAUAGAGAUGGAUACGGAGACAUUGCGAUCGGUGCUCCGUUUGAGGAGAAUGGAGCCGUAUACAUAUACCUCGGAUCGGUAAAUGGAGUACAGUCACGACCAAGUCAGCGAUUAGCUCCAUCCCUUACUUCGUUGCAAAAACCAUCCCGACAGCCGUACAUGUUUGGCCACUCGCUUUCACGUGGAGUCGACAUCGAUGGUAACGGGUUCGCUGAUCUUGCAGUUGGAGCUCCGAACGGCGAGUCCGUGUACGUGUUCCGCUCAUACCCGGUGGUUCGAAUCGAGGCAAGGAUUAACUCCACCAAACGAGAACUUUCCGCCAAUGGUGAACUGUUCGUAAUCGCCAUCUGCUGGUCAACAGACUACCCUGCAGGACUUCCGUUUCCCGUUGCGAUACAGUACACACUGGACGUGGAUAGCCAGAUGGGACGGGCGUCGAUCGGCAAUCGAAGAAAUCCAGACACUAAAUACGAGUAUACCACCAUAGGGAACGUUACCUCGUGCCUAGACUACAGCAUCGUGGUCAAUCCUUCACCAGCCACACUCUACAAACCACUGAUAAUUGAACUCGAAUUCGGAGUAGCUGCUUCGGCUUCACCUCCCACCAAUGGAAGCCACUUUUGUGAGCACUGUGCGAUUGUUGAACCUCAGAACUCUUAUCGCGUCCAGGAACGAAUUCCCUUCAAAACUGGCUGCCGGAAGGAAGUUUGUGUAACGGACCUCAAACUUUCCAACCUUCGGUGGGUCGAUGUGCCCAUGCUGUACAUUGUCGGUAGCUCGAAAACGGUAACCCUCGAGGUGGACAUUGAAAAUGCGGGUGAAAAUGCCUACCUUCCUCAGCUGAACAUUACCACGCUGUCGUUGCUUCGAUUGGGCUCCCCAUCAAAUCCUGCCCCGGAAUGUCAGCAAUCGAAGCCAGUGGGUGAUCGGAUUAGCUUCCUGUGUGGAUUGAACAAUGGUCUUCCGUUGAAAAGCUUCACAAGGAUGAAAUACUUUCUCACGUUUGAUGUGACACAGGUGCAGGCACAUCUUGGGUUUGUGGAUGUUCACUUGCAAGGGUUAACGACCAGCAAGGAACAAUGGCCAAAGGACAAUGAGGCAGAAGCGCGGUUGUUUGUACACGAGUUUAGCCACAUCGACAUCGUGAGUAAAACAUCACCACAAGAAGCAAGUCUCGAUGCACAGACAAAGUCCCUGAAUGUAACACAACUCAUAAAAUUACACAACAACGGACCAAGUCCGCUAAACGGCUCACUGUUGAUUGUGGACGUUCCGAUUAGCUACACGCCAGCUCAUGCAGCUAAUCGGAAAAGCUGUCAAAUAAUAAGUCUUGAUGAUGUGCAGGUACGCAGCAGCUUCAACGAUACACCGUUGCAAGUGAACUGGAUUCAACCAUCCGCGGGGAACGGUUUUCUUAAGCAAACGUUUGACUUUUACACGAAGAAACAACCCGAACCGAUACCUUCCCGACGAGGUGCCGAUGAAGUGGACGUACCCAAUAACAUCGAAUACUCUCUGCACCCUGAAAGCCCGUCUUCAUCAGAAUACCUAGACGAAGGGCAUCCAUUUGGGCAUGGUGAUGCACGCCAGAAACGAUCCAACCUUUGGCUGCCCUCAAUCAGACCGAAUUUAAGUUCGAUCCAGCUAGACGAGCUGCCUCCUCUAAGGUCAGUCUACUUCACCUGUACAGAAAACACGUCGAAUGUUGACUGUUUGCAGCUGCAAAUAGCGCUGCCCCCCUGCCCAGCGAUCAACAAACCCAUCUUUCUGGAGCUGCAGUACAAACUGAACCUGGAGACGGUGGAAGCAUGUCUGCAGGAGCAGGAAAACAUUCUUGUGCUACAGGUGCUGAGCGAUCUGCAGAAGCCGUCCGAUGAGGCGAGGGAAACGUUCCGCAUUGCACGCAACAAUCCGUACACGGUCGUGUAUCGCGAUGUGAGCGUAAGUACACCGAUCUGGAUCUACGUGACGUCGUCGUUCGGUGGGCUGAUACUGCUGGCCGUCAUCAGCUACACCAUGCAUCGGAUGGGAUUCUUCGAGCGUCACGUAAAGCAGGAGAUGCAGAGGAUGAACUGUGAGAACGGCAUUUCUAACAGUGUAGCUGAUGAAGAAUUUGUAGCGGACGAGGUUUCUGAAAUCUAACAUGACAAUAUUUAUUAAACACGGAAAUGGUAGAGAAGAGCUUAUUCAUCAUCAAGCUUUGAGUGAACUACCUAGCGCAUCCAGGGGAAUUCUGCCUAAAAAUCACACCAAAAUUACACAUUCCACACAAAAUUAAAAAAUAAAACAUCACACCGAAAAUCUUCAUUCAACUGAAUUUA